GGAAGUGCGAGUCAGCCAGAGCUAUAAAGGAGAUUACGGCUGUUGGCGUUAACGAAUGAUUUGCAUGGUGCUCGUCGGAGAGGCGAAUUUCUUUCCCGAAUGUGGUUAUUUAUAAACACUAAAACUUCUUCCCACUAAAAAUAUUGAAUUUAACUUAAAAAGGUAUAACGAUGAACGGCAAAUCGGCGAAUGGCACAGCGGGCGGAACACUGGCCUGCAUUGAGGGGCUACCCCCACUGCCGAAGAGCUUAAGCGGCUUGCUCAAUUCAAGCGGCGGGUCUUGGAGAGAGAUGGAAAGGAUGUAUGCAAAGAAAACCAUGAUCCAAGACGACCUUAGCCGUGGGCGAAACAAUUCCGACAAUCUGCUUGCGAAUAAACCGGCCAACCUUGAUGCGGCUUUAGCACUCCUCCGAAAAGAAAUGGUGGGGUUGCGUCAGCAGGAUAUGUCUUUGCUGUGUCAGCUCUGGUCCCUCCAUGAGUCAAUCCAGGAGUACAAGGGCAGUUGCCAUGACCUCAGUGCCGCGCACGGGAUAGAGAAUGGCUACUUCGAUGAAGAUGAUGAAUACUACCAGGAGACCAGCACAACACCAACUGACCAACCGGAGGGAAGUGAGGCUACAUCUCCCAAAAACGGGACUAGCAAGGACUCCUGGCUAGGAGACUCUUUCCACAUCACCAUCUGAGAGACCCAAGAGCUGAGCUGUUUGGCUCCAAAGCUUGACUCCACACGUUUGAGGCAAUAUGCUUUAUUUUUUUUUAUAAAGAGCUGUGCCAUGCAUUUUGUUUUGCUGGCUUAUAGUAAUUUUUCAGCAGACAUUUUCAUACAAAUAUAUAAACCAAGGUUCAUUAUUUAUUAUAAAUUAUAAUAUGGUCAUUUUUGUUCUCCUAUUACUAUGAACAUUUUGAGUAUUUUUUAAAAUGAUUGGUUGUGAGUACUUCCAAGCUCUGUCAUCACAAUGUUUACAGGGUUGAAAUCCCAGAGACUGGGAAGUCUUGAUAAACAAAAGGGAUGCGAGUCCUGUCCCUGCAAUCAGUGAUGGAGGAAAUCAACUUUUAGAUGGCAUGUAGUGGCAACUUUGACUGUUACUGGUUUGUGUGGUGUAGACUGGAGAAAAGUAUAGAAAUGUGAAAAAAAGUAUUAAAAUGCUGGAAAAGCUUACUUCUGGAAUGGUUUUAGACCGGGCGAAGUAGGCAUGUGCUUCUCCGAAGCCCUAUGGUAUGCUUCAUUUCAUAUUGUGCUGUGGCUCUCCAUACCUUUUCAGUUAACAGUUCUUCAAUGAAACUGGAUUGUCGAAUUAAGUACAGAUAUCACCAUCGUAACCAUUGUUUGCAUUUAACAAAUCAAUACAGGGUACUCAUUAUGAAUUUAUAAUAUGUUGACCCCACUACGACAUGCAUUUAGUACAUGUUUGGCAAUUCUGUCCAUUACAGUCUUCCAUAGCCAACUGACACCUAUCUCAAGUCUGCACUCAACAUUUAGCUGCAUAGACUGCUCAUCAAAAUAAUACAGGCUAGAAAGUGCAUUCUUGAAGUGAAAUUCUGCGUGUGAAUCCUGACUUUUUUUGUGUAAAUUGGUCCACAAUUCAUGUGUUUGUGGUACGCAAACCAAAGAGUAUAAUUGACGCACAUUUGCUGAAUUGUAAUGAGUUUUAGGAAUGAUACUGUGCAAUGUUCUUCUAGAUGCGCCUAGACAGUUUUUUUUCUUUUUCUUAUGUUACACUAUAUCAAGAAUGUUUUGUAAUACAGGAGGUUGAUCUGUUUAGAUGUAUGUUUUCUUGACUAUGAUUAAUGCCAUUUGACAAUAUACACACCAGAGGAUGACUGGAGGCCAGGUACAGCAUGCUUUCAAAAUGGGGAGUUAAAGAAAAUGUCCUCGGUAACUUUAUGCCUCAAUGUGUUAUCAUGUACUGAAUUUUCUACCUCCAGCUUCAACGUAAAUGUAUAUGUUGCUGCCACCAGCCCCAUGUUGAAAUUCAGUAUUACAGGAUAGCAGUCUUAUUUUUCUGCAUCACACUAAACAGGAAUCUCCACACUUAGUGCCUUUGGGUGUCCAACCUUGGCUAUUGCUGUUAUCUGUCCCUUCAACUCACAGCACUUUUCUCAAUCUGGUCAUUUCUUAUGGCGCAUACAGUGCGCAUUAUACUGUAACUCCAGCACAGUUACUUGUUCAAUUCCCACCUUUUAAAGGAAACCUCUGAGGUUUCUUCACCAGCGUCAAUAAUCCAGAGUAAUACAGAUGUGAAAUGUACACAACUGCAUCCCGAUGAGUUCCUUUUUCAUGUGGCGAUAUCCAGAUGCACAAUGUCUUGAUUUCAUUCAAUCGGAAAGCUGUUUUCUUACCACAGUCAUUUCGAGUUGUUGGUGCUGAAUCAGAAUCUACGGAGACCUAAAGGAGCCAAUAUAGACCUCAAGCCAAGGAAAUUAAACAUCAAUCUUAGCAAACAUUUAUGUUCAAAGUGUAAAGAACAUUGACAUGUUUUACGUUUAGAUUUGCUUCUUUACCCAAUGAUUUCAGUCCAUAUUUUUAGCGAAAAAGGCCAAGAUGAGUGAAUCUGUUAUCAAAGGCCCAGUCCCAGUGAAAGUCAUAUGAAUUUCACCUGUGGAAGAUUGUUUUGAUGUAUAUUUGAUUGUUCCUUCCGAUAGAACUCAAAGACAAUAUUUAAAGGGUUUGUUUUGUUUCAAUCCAUUCAUCAUAUUUGUUAUUUUUCAGUGAAUGACCAUACUACUGUUUUUGGAAGAUUGUUUUUAUGCUCUCUUAUGUGAUAGUUAUACUUAUGGAUUUAAUAAAAUGACUUUACUCAGA